AUGAACGGUUAUAGCGUAGAACAACGUGUGCGUAUAAUUAAAUUUUAUUACCAAAAUCAGUGCUCCGUUAGUGAAACUUUCCGCGCAUUACUCGAUUUUUAUCCUCGAAUUUUGCGUCGAGACUUGGGUCUGCACCCGUAUGAAAUCCAACUAACACAAGGACUCAAGGUAAACGACCAUACACAACGUCGUGUAUUCGCUGAUUGGGUUCUGGGGCAGUUAGCAGUUGAUCCAAACUUCGCUAAAAAAAUAAUCUUUAGCGACGAGGCCCAUUUUUGGAUGAAUGGAUACGUUAACAAACAAAAUUGUCGGAUUUGGGAUGAUACCAAUCCACACAAGACACAAAAAAACAAAAUGCAUCCAGAAGAGAUCACUGUUUGGUGCGGAUUUUGGUCUGGCGGAAUCAUUGGUCCGUACUUCUUCCAAAACGAAACAGGCAUUGCCAUAACCGUCAACGGUGAGCGCUACAGAUCAAUGAUCAACAACUUUUUUUUGCCUAAGCUCUAUGAUAUGGAUACUGAAGACAUGUGGUUCCAGCAGGAUGGUGCUACGUGUCACACGGCGCGUGCAACGAUGGACAUUCUGAGUGAACGAUUUGAGGGCAUGGUGAUAUCACGCAAUGGUGACAUAAACUGGCCUCCGAGAUCGUGCGAUUUAACGCCAUUAGACUUUUUUCUUUGGGGCUAUCUUAAAUCGCAUGUCUAUGCAAAUAAACCACAAACAAUUUAUGCCCUCAAAGUCAACAUAAUCAACACCAUCAAGCAAAUUCAACCAGAUUUAUGCAACAAAGUGAUAGAAAAUUGGACCACCCGAAUACGUGCCACCAAGCAAAGCCGAGGCGGACAUUUGAAAGAUCGAAUUCCAAAACUUCAACAACAAGAUCAAGGCAUUUGGUGGGAUACGUUGGCUAAAAUGCAGAAAUUAUUUAGGAAAUCUUCGAUAAGUUUAUUUAAUAGCGGGAAGAUUGAUAAAGACACUAUGCACAACUAUUAUAUGUCGGUGACAGAAAGAGAAGUUAUAAAUGGUAUAUUAAAAGUAAAGAACACAAAAAAUCACUGUCUUGCUUAUGUACGCUAUAUAAAUAACAUCAAUCUCCAAAAUCUGAAGAAAGCUUCAAACUUUUUGGAUAUAGUUAAUAGGAGUAUUGAUACAGAGGCAGCUCGUUUACUGGGGAACUUGCGAGAUGAACGUCUCGUGCAAAAAAUAGAAACAACAAAUUACCAAAAGUAUACAGUUGAAUGGAUUGGUCGGGAAGGAUUAGAUACUGAAACACACCAAGAAUAUUUACAAAAUUUCAUAAUGCAUUUUUACAAAAAUAUUACCAAGUUAGUGGAUAGAGCCAUGAGAAAAGAAGAUUCUAGUCCUCAAGGGCAAAUUGUGACUGAAAUAUUACAGCAUUUGCACGCUUGUCAUAACUCUGUUAAAGUUUUUUAUGGGCGCGAAGACAGUUUGAAACAUAUUGAACAAUAUAUGAAAAGUAAAUGUGAAAAACCAAUGAUACUUUUUGGUGAAGGUGGUUGUGGUAAAACAUCACUCUUGGCAAAGGCUGCGGGCUUAAGUUAUUCGACAUGGUUUAAUAAGACAGCCACCAAACCACUUUGUGUGAUACGAUUCUUAGGAACAACACCAGACAGCAGCACAUUAACACCAGCAUUAAUAUCUAUAUGUCAACAAAUAUCGUAUAAUUAUAUGUUGCCAUUUGAUGACAUACCUGAUGACUUAGUCCCACUGACAGCACAUUUUAAACAUUUAUUAACAUAUGCAACUCUAGAGCAACCUUUGGUAUUAUUUUUGGAUUCAGUAGAUCAGUUAACAGGUACCCAAGAUACUAAUAAUGUAUCCUGGUUGCCAACAAGAUUGCCCAAUAAUUGUAAGUUAUUGGUAUCUGUAGCAAAAGAAGAAGGAAAUUCGGAUGUAUCUCGAGAUUACCAUGUAUUGCGAAGAAUGAUAGAUGAUGGAGAACAGUUUAUUGAAGUAACUGCACUUGGAGAAGAAUUAGCCGAAGAAGUAAUUAGAAAGUGGAUGGAAACAGCACACCGAGAUUUGACAAAUUGUCAGUGGAGACUUGUAUCGAAUGCUAUCAAUCAAUGUUCUUUGCCAAUUUUUGUCAAACUAGUAUUUGCUGAAAUUUGCCGUUGGCGAAGUUACACUAAACCACAAGAAACUCAUUUAGCAUCUAAUGUUAUGGAUUCAAUCAUGAUGCUUUUUGAAAGGAUUGAGAAGCAACACGGCCGACUUCUUGUCUUUCAUGCUUUAGCGUACAUAACAGCAUCAAAGAGUGGUUUGUCUGAAUCAGAACUAGAAGAUUUAAUAUCGUUAGAUGACAAAGUAUUAGAUGAUGUUUAUCAAUACCAUUUGCCACCAGUCAGAAGAAUUCCUCCUUUAUUGUGGACUAGGAUUAGAAAUGAUUUACCUAAUUACCUGUCAGAAAGAGAAGCUGAUGGUGUUAGUGUAUUAAACUGGUAUCAUAGACAAUUUAGAGACGCUGCUCGAGAAAGAUACUUUAAAAAUAUGAAUAUGGUUACCUAUUUUCAUUCGUCUAUAGCUGAUUAUUAUUUAGGAAUUUGGGGUGGGGGAAAUCCAAAACCAUUUAAGUAUACUGAAAUCCAGAGACAUAGAUUUAACUUAUUAACUAGAGAAGGUUCAGCAGAUAGAAAAGUACCAGUACAACCUCUUGUGUUUUAUUCAAAAGAAGGAACAGCUUCAAGAUAUAAUUUAAGAAAAUUUGGAGAGUUGCCAUAUCACCUUGUACGAGCUCAUCGUUUUCAAGAUUUGUACAAGAAUGUCUUAUUUAACUAUCAAUGGUUGCAUGCAAAGUUAUCCUCAUGUCCUUUACAAGCAGUUUUAAGUGACUUUGAGGAUGCUUGUGCAAAUAUUGAUGACCGAGAUGCCACUAGGGAGUUGAUACUUGUCGCUGAUGCUUUAAGAUUAGGUGGAGCAAUACUUAGUGAAUUUCCUGAUAUGCUCGCUCCUCAAUUAAUUGGUCGUUUAUUACCAGAAAUCGGAUCCAAUCCAAAUAUAAAAAGUUUAUUAGCAGAAUGUGAUAAAUUUGGACCAGAUAAUUGUGCUCUUAUACCAUAUUAUCAUUGUUUACAUACUCCGGGAGGUCCAUUAAAAUAUUCUCUGGAAGGUCAUCAAUUCGCUGUUUUUGAUUUUCAAGUAACAUCUGAUUAUAGAUAUAUUGUGUCAAUAUCAAAUAGAUUUAUUACAUGGGAUUUAUCUACAAGUGAUAUGACUAGGAAUGUAAAUCCAGGAUUGGAAGGAAUUAUGCAAGCAUUAUGCUUGAGUCCUGACAAUCGCUAUGCUGCAGCUUAUACUAACAAUAAUCAAACUGUCUUAUUGAAUUGUCUUACAAGUGAAUUUACUGUUAUUGAAAAUCCUUUUGAAAACGGAGAAAUUGUUUCGGGCGUUAACAUGCUAAAUACUCAUUUAUUUGUGCAUGGAUCUUUUUCGCUGUGCAGAUAUGACUUAAGAGGAAAUUUAGAAUCCAAAGUUACAACAAACGAAGAUCCUAAUCAAUGGGUUUUAAUGUCUGUGAAAUUCAAUACAUUAACUUGCAAUCGUUUUAUAUUUUGGUCUGGAAAAAUGGAUGACACUAGGAUGAUGAUGCAAACAAUGAAAGAUAAUAAUAUUUGUCCACACUUUUAUUUCCAUAGUGCCAUGGCCAUAAAUAAAGAUGAAACUAGAUUGUAUUGUUGUCCAACUAAAAAUUCAUAUGAUAUUUCCCAAUUCGAUUUUAUUGACAAUGAUUGGAAAUUGAUUAAAGAUUUAGAACAUAUUGGAAAUUGCACAGUGCUUCAAAUUAAAUUAUCAGAGGACUCGUCUUCACUUUUGGGUACAAUUUCAAAUGGUUUUUGUAUUUGGGAUUUGUCUUCAGAUGGUACAAAAGUGUUACAUUUACCACAUGGAGUACGUAACAUUACUAUAAACAUGAUGCAGUCUAAUUCGUGUAUGUUGUCAGCUGACAAACGGUUUUUAGUUGCUGGAGUUAGAAAAAUGUUGUAUGUGUGGAAUAUGGAAACUGAACUAUUAAUUAAAGUAUUAGAUGCUCAUUUUGGUCGCAUAAUAUCGCUUUUGCCAUUAACUACAGGGAAUUGGAAUUCCGUAAUUACUUCAUCCAUUGACAGAUCAGUAAAGGUUUGGAAUAUCAACAAUAUAUUCGAACAAGUUCAUGUUAUAGAUCGACAUGAAUUACAAAUUGAUUCUAUAAGUUUAUCACAUUCUGGCUUGGCAGCCACCGUAACACGAGGUUGCGUCGGGAUAUGGGAUAUAAACACUGGGAGGUUAAUCCAACAGUUAGCAGACAAUUUAUUAGGAGCAAUUGUUACUCAAGCGUUAAUUACACCUGAUGGAAAAUACAUAGUGUGUUCUGAAUCUGGAAAUUUACUAAUAUGGAAUCGUCUUUUAUGUCGAGUCAUUUUUAAGCAACAACAAUCUGGAAUCCAGCAAAUUAUGCUUUUAGACGAAGCAACAAAAUGUCUUACAGUUUCUAGACAAGAAGAAAUAAAUGUAGAAACCCAGCAGAAUAUUGAUGCUACAGCUAUUGUGAGAUCUAUUCCAGAUGGAAAAACUAUUUAUUUAUUUGAUUAUCAAGUACGUAAUGUAACGGGUAUGGAGUUUAAAGACCUUGUUGUAACUGCAGAUGGACUUAAUUUGAUUGCUCUGGCUAGUGAUAAAGGUCACAGAGAAGCACUUCAUAUAUUUAAUGCGUCCAACGGUGAAUAUGUUACUAAAAUUGUUCUCAAACAAUCUGGAAUGAAGGUAAGAUUAGUCAUAACAUAUACUUUGUAG